AUGUCAGAAUCCGAGUUUACUUUUGAAUCUACGGUAACCAGUCAGACGACCACCGUGCUCUUUCAGACAUCUAAUUUACAGGAACAGCAGACAGUGAUUAACACUGUCAUUGUAGAUAAAUAUUAUGCAAAAGACCAAAGUAUUCCAUACGCAUAUUCGACAGUUACUAGUACGGUAAACAUACCAAUAUCUGGGAGUCCAACACCUGAGAGUCAACCUAGCACUGCAGAGUCUCCAACUUCUACUCAGGCAGUGGACAGUACAGAGAGUCGUGUACUUUCGGUGACAUCAAGCAGUCCAACAGCAUUUGCUAUAAACCGUAUGCCAAAUAAUGGAAGUGGAUCCAAAAGCAUUAUAGGCUUAUCUAUAGGCCUUCCUAUAGGCCUAUUUCUGCUUUCCCUGAUAAUAAUAAUUUCAUUCAUUUACUACCGAAACCUGGGUUACAGAGCUGAGGACGACGGCGGGAAAUUCAAAACAUGGUUCCUCUCUCAACUAUAUGGAAAGCCGAAACGCCCCAAAGCGUUGGAUUUGGAGAGAAAAGCCUUGUACUCUAAUGAAGAUGAUGGCCAAAUAAGCUAUAGGAUAACCAGAAAGGCUCCCGUUCCUCAUGUGCUAACGCCAGAAAAGGCAGUUGCGGCAGUUGCGGCAGUUGAACCGUCGGGCAGUGAUCUGGAAAUCGAAAAGUAUUUAUACUCAAAGCCGCCUGGUAUAACAACUGUGGGUGAAACAAAAAGAAAGUCAAAAUGGAGUUACGAGUCUCCACUAUCAAGAUGGUUUCUAACUAAAUCUGUAUACCAGCCUCCACUUUCGGGUUCGCAGAGCGUGAAUACCAAUGACGAGCCAAAGACACCUGCAGUGAAGCUUAAGACACUACAACUGUUAUCCAAAGUACGGCGUGAACAAGCUCCUAACCCUGUAUCAGUUCAGUAUUCAGCAACAAAUAACAGCCCUCGCUCGGAUUCUAGAAGUAAAUCUUCUAUCACAAAACAAGUACUGAACACAGAUAGUAGUACAUCGAAAAUGUCCAGCAUCUCUUCUAAGAUCACAGCUAUGUUGCCAUUAACAGACUCAACAUAUAGUGUCGCUGAAGCACACAGAGUACCCCUUCAACAUGUGCGAAGUAUGAGGGUGAAGAAAUCCCCUACUGUAUCAGGUAUACUAGAUAACUCACUCUGCACUGUUGUAAAGCCUUUUUCACCUCGUCUCCUCGACGAAAUUAGAUUAGAUCUUAAUGAAGAAGUUAGAGUCUUGGCAAGACACUCUGAUGGAUGGUGUUUAGUUGAAAAGCAUAACUAUGCUAGCACAGAAUCAAGGAAUACAGCAGAUAAUGUAUCUGCACAUAGCUAUCUCAAUGAAAACAGAGGAAUUGUUCCGCAAAUGUGUUUAAAACCCAAGCGUUAG